CAAAAAUUCAGACCCCAAAAUAUCAAGUCCGUUGCAAUAAAUUCCACUCUGCAUCUGCUCGCAGUUCAGUAACCAUCGUAGAUUCAUAAUGUCGAAUUACCCAAACCCCUCCGGCUAUCCGUACGGCGCUCCUCCGCCGUCUCAGCCCUACGCCUCCGCUCCUCCGCCGUCUCAGCCCUACUCGUCCGCUCCUCCGCCGUCUCAACCCUACGCCUCCGCUCCCUACGGCGCUCAUCAGCCAGGCGGUCCAUCCCCAGCACCUCCCAACCAGCAGUCGCCCUACGCUCCCGUACCCUCUCCGUACUCGAGCCAGCAAGCUCCCCACGGAGCGGCGCCGCCAAGCUACGGCGGGUACGCCGGACAUCAUCCACAGCCUACAGCCCCGUACGGUAGUCCGUUCGCCUCCUUAGUUCCGUCCGCCUUCCCUCCGGGAACGGAUCCGAACGUGAUCGCGUGCUUCCAGGUGGCCGAUCAGGACGGGAGCGGUUUUAUCGACGAUAAGGAGCUUCAGCGCGCGCUAUCGACGUACAAUCAGAGUUUCGGGCUCAGGACGGUUCACCUGUUGAUGUAUCUGUUCACCAACACCAACGUGAGAAAGAUCGGUCCGAAGGAAUUUUCUCAGGUCUUUUACAGUCUUCAGAGUUGGAGGGCAAUAUUUGAGCGAUUUGAUAGGGACAAAAGUGGAAGAAUCGACACAUCUGAACUGCGGGAGGCUCUCCUUAGCCUCGGGUUUUCAGUGUCGCCUGCAGUCCUCGAUUUACUUGUUUCCAAGUUCGACAAAAGCGGCGGCAAAAACAGGGCCAUUGAAUACGACAAUUUCAUCGAAUGCUGCCUCACUGUUAAGGGACUGACGGAGAAAUUCAAGGAGAAGGACACCGGGCUCACGGGCUCGGUGACGUUCAACUACGAAACCUUCAUGCUGACUGUUCUUCCUUUCCUCAUCGCAUAAUGUACAAUUUUUAUUGUAAGAACUAACUCUCUAGUGCAUGUAUGGUUAUUACAUCGUCCUCUGGAUUGUGAUUGUGAUUGUGAGUGAAUCUUGAAGUUUCUCUGUUA